AUGUUCGAAAAGGCGGCCCUUUUUAUACAAGCGCUGGCGUGCAUAUUUCCCCUAGCAUGGCGUCAGCUUAGGCACGAGAUGACGGCUACCGUGGUACGUCGACGCGCAGCAUGGUUCGGCUCAACACCAGCUGCUGAACGAGACCGCACCAUCGUCAUCGUAGGCGCGUCAUUUGCAGGAUAUUAUGCCGCCCGUUUUCUCGCGUUGGGUCUUCCGCCGUGUAGUCGUUACCGUGUCAUCAUCAUCGAGCCAAACAGCCACUUCCAGUUCUCGUGGGUUCUACCGCGCUAUUGCGUUGCUAGCGGGCAUGAACACAAGGCGUUCAUCCCUUAUGGUGGUCAUAUCCGUGGAGCACCGGAAGGAUCGGUUCGAUGGGUACGCGACCGUGUCAUUGACGCGACCAAGACCAGUGUCAAACUUCAAGAAAGCGGAGAAAUCCCUUACGACUAUCUUGUUAUCGCGACCGGUUCUGGUGCCCAGCACGGCCUUCCCUCACGAGUGAACGACACGGAUAAAGUUAGCGGCAUGAAGCAACUUCAAGCCACGCAGAAACGUAUAAAGGAUGCGAACAGAAUUAUUAUUGCCGGUGGAGGAGCUGCUGGUGUUGAGCUCGCGGCCGAUGCGAAGGACCAGUACCCGGAGAAGAAGGUUGUCCUGGUACACUCGAGAAGUGCACUGAUGCACCGAUUUGGUAAAUGUCUACAAGAUGAGGCGUUGAAGUCAUUGCAAGCAUUGGGUGUUGAGGUCAUCCUUAACGACCGUGUGCUGUAUGAGGAAACCGACUCGUGUACUAUUACACUAGGAAGUGGGAGAGUCAUGGAGUGUGAUUUGUUUGUGGGUUACAUACCAACAUGUAUGUCUUAUAGAUGGAACCUUGCUGACGAUGGCGCUUUGCAGAUCAAUUGCACUGGUCAAAAACCAUUAUCUGAUGCCUUCUUAAGGCUCUCGCCUUCAAUAGUAACGCCGAGCGGUCACAUAAAGAUCAAGCCAACACUGCAAAUUGCAGAUAUUGGCCUCCCAAACAUAUAUGUUUGUGGCGACGUUGCCGAUACAAAAGCACCAAACACGAAUGCGUUCUCAGCAACCCGUCAAGGUGCAAUUGUUGCGGACAACAUCCUGCUAGCAGUAGAGGGUAAAGCGCCCCGACAUCAGUACGAGCACAUGUUCAUAGAUAACUCUAUUAAAUUGACACUAGGAUUGCAUCGCGCGGUAAUGCAUUUCAACUUGGGGCUGUCGGCCCUGAACUUCGAGUCGAAGGUAGAAGAGGAGCUCAUGGCGGCUGAGUGUUGGACACAUCUCGGAGAAAAGCCAUAUAAAGAUGCCAGUGUGGACAGUUGUGUUAAAGAAACUGAGGAUGCAUAG